UUAUGAAAGGCGAGCACCUUUGGACGAAAAUUGUUUGCUACCCGGUGGUAUCGUACUUUUUGAGUGAGGUGCUGCCAGAAAACAGCUUGAUAUAUUUAUUAUCAAAGCAUGCAUUUGCACUCAAGCUGACUGUGCUUGAAUUUAAUUGACUAUCAGGAACUUGUGGAAUACUCCUAUCUAUUGAUAGGCCUCCAGCAACCAUGCUGCAGGGAAGUAUGGCACGCAGUCUGAUACCCGGGCUGCGGGCAUUCUGUGUGCCGAGGCGGCAUGCUGGCCACAACAAGUGGGCCAACAUUCGACACAUCAAGGCUGCCAAAGACAUGGAGCGUGCCAAGAAGUUCGACCGCCUGGGCAAGCUAAUGCGGACAGCAGUGGCCGAGGGAGGCUCGGACUCGCUCAAGAACCUGCGGCUGGAGAACCUGAUCGAGCAGGCGCGUGACGUCAACAUGCCCAACACCACCAUACAGAGCAUCCUGAAGUCCGCGCGCCAAGGUCGCGAGAAUGCGCGGCCCAGCGAAGUCGAACUCGUCGGGCCCGGCAACACCUGCCUCGUGGUCGAGCUCUUCACUGAUAACCCUAAACGCUCUGUGAACGCGAUCACGCAGUUCCUGCGCCGGCAGCGCGGCCGGCUGGGCCAAGCGAAGCACGCCUUCAGCCGGUGUGGCGUGGUGGUGACGGCGCCCGCCGAUCUGGACGCGGCCACCGAGCACGCCAUCGAGGCCGGGGCCGAGGAUGUUCACGAGGAGGAGGCCGACGGCGAGACGGUGCUCGUGUUCAGCACGUCCUGGGACGACGUGUUCACCGUGAAGAAGGCGCUGACGCAGCGCGGCUAUAAUGUGCAGCUGGCCGAGGCGCUGUACGUGCCGCACGCGCCCGUCACGCUCACGGGACCGGACGCGGAGCUCCACGAGACGCUCGUGGAGAAGCUCAACGACCUGAGCGAUGUGGUCAAAGUGUACACCAACGGAGUGGUCGAGUCGUAGCGUCCGUGCAGUAGCACGCGACGGUAGGAGACGUUGGUAAUAUUUUUGAUGCGCGUCUGUGCAGUUUGCAGCCGGUUGAGUGCUUGAAGAACACCACCAGAUGAUUUGCAAUGUGAGCCACGGCUAACAUUGGUAUGUGGCGUUAUAUAUGAGGCACGGAUGUGGAAUAUAUAUUGCGCGAUAUGAUGGGGAGGCGCGCAUGAUUCGGUUGCACGUCGAUUGCCGGGAGUUGAACUCCUGGUAUGUUUGAGCUCGAAUCAAGCUCGUCGCGAUUCGCUUCGUGGUUGGAAUGCUUUUUUAAUUCUGGCCACAAUACAGUCAUGCAGG